GCCGUCUGACUCUGAAGUCUCGAGUGAAGUUUUGGUGUUUUAUCGUCAAUCGUGUAGUAUUUAUUAAUUAUUUAUAGUUAUAAUUUUAUUAAUUUAUCUAUAACUGAAUAAUGUUACAUUAAAAGAAAUUAUUUACUUGAUAAAUUUUGUUAUUUUAAAGGCACGUGCAAUUCUAAUCACAAUAAUGUCGCGGUUGUAAUCACGGUCUUUUUUUAAAAAUAGAACUCUUACGAAAUCCUUACCUGUCAAAACAAAAACCUUAUUUUCAUCAACAACGAAAUUGUAUAAAGUAAUAAAAUAAAUUAUUGUACAAGGUCUAUUGUGUGUUCAUAAACCGGCGUGCCAUGAGAUAAUGUCUCGUAAGAGAUAUCGAAUGGAAAACGAAAAGGAAAUGAGUUCUAAAUUGGAAGAUAACGGCGACGGACCCAACGGUAGUGAUGCCAGUUUUUGCAGCAGUAGCAGUCAAGUCUUCGCUGAUAGUGCUCAGGCCCUCUGCACAUCAGCGCCGUACAGCACAGACCCAGCCGCAGUAGCGGAGCGCGAGAGAUGUCGCUAUGGCCGCAUCCCACGGUCGAGUGCACUCGCUGGCACAGCACAACGGAGGGUUCGCGUAUACGCGGACGGCAUAUACGACAUGUUCCACCAAGGACACGCGCUACAGUUGCAGCAAGCGAAGACAGUUUUUCCCAAUGUAUACCUCAUCGUUGGAGUGUGCAGUGAUGCCCUAACACACAGUCGAAAAGGCCGGACUGUUAUGACAGAGGAUGAGAGGUACGAAGCAGUCCGGCAUUGCAGAUAUGUUGAUGAGGUGGUACGCGACGCGCCAUGGGAGUAUGAAGAAGAGUUUUUAGAGAAACACAAAAUAGAUUUCGUUGCCCACGACGAUAUACCAUACACCUCCGGCGACUCUGAAGAUGUCUACGCAAUGGUCAAGUCCAAAGACAUGUUCGUCGCCACGCAGAGGACGGAAGGCGUGUCCACGUCGGAUAUUGUGGCCCGUAUCGUCCGCGACUAUGACAUGUACGUGAGACGAAAUCUGGCCCGAGGCUACUCGGCCAAGGAGCUGAACGUCUCCUUCCUUAAUGAGAAGAAAUUCCGGCUUCAGAACAAGAUGGACGAGCUCAAAGAUCGGGGGAAGAAGGUCAUAACAAAUAUUGGCGAAAAGAGGGUAGACAUCCUCAGCAAAUGGGAAGAGAAGUCCCGAGAGUUGAUCGACGCAUUUCUGCUUCUCUUCGGCCCCGAUGGCAGACUCUCCAGCAUUUGGAACGAGUCCAAGGGUCGGCUGAUGCAGGCCUUGAGUCAGCCGCCUUCGCCGCAGGCCUCCGAGAAUGGAGAUCCACAUGAGAACAGGAGUUCAGAAUCACCUCCACCGACGAAGGCGAGGCGUUGUGAUAACCUUUGGGACCCGCAUGCAGGUAACUGGAUGCAUCGAGCUCUGACGGCGGUGGUGAACCGGAAGAGGCGGCACAGCGACAGCUGACCGACGACUGCUCCGACGACGACGACUACCAGGACCCGAGUCCCUACCUCACCUAGGACCACCUUCGUGCUUUACUUUACGCCAGGCUGAGACAUUUGACAAUUUUGUAUAUUCCUUAAGGAAAUAGAAGAUGCUGUAACUUCAAAUUGGCUUUGAACCGAUCGUGCCCUCACUUGUGGAUGGGCAGGUCUAUCGACAAAAUUUUAUGUCAAAUGUGAACAUUGUACAAAUAUUUCAAAUCAAUAUUAUGUAUUUGUAUGCAUAUUUUCUUUUACGCAUACAAACUGACUAGUUAACACAAGUGUUAGUUUGAUUUUUAGAGAUUCAUUCCUCAGAUAUCAAAAAUUUGUUUUCAUUAAUAAUCAGUCAAAUCUGGUCUAUACGGUUUUCGUUGACAUGUAUAUGAUUGCUGAUAAAACCUUUUUUCUCACAUUUUAAGGAAAAAAUAAUAAUUUCAUAACAUUCUCCUUCACAUUGUUACACACCUUAUGUAUCUUAUUGUUUUUUUAUAUUCAUUUUUCGGUCAGUUAUCAUUUUGGUAAAAAUAUUUUAUUCCAUUAAAGAUAACUUUUAUAAAUACUAUGUUCUGUAAUAGCUAUAUAAUGUAUGUAUUAGAAUAGGCUCAAAAUAGGAGCAACAAUUUAUACAGUAAAUAAUGUGUCGACAGUUAAAUCUGAGGAAUGAAACAGUCUCCUAGUAUAAUAGUCCAUCUGCACCGAGCUGUAUAAUAUACAGUUAUGUCAGUAAGAUAUGGUGACGUUUAAAUGUUGCUUUUCUGAUAAAACUUACAAUAAUUUUUAUAUUUGUGUUUUAAUUUUUAUAAAGUUGGGUAAAAACAAAAAUGACGAAGUAUUGCUAUACAUAAUACGUCCGUAAACAUCGAAAGAUUGAUAUAGCGAGCAUUUCUUUUGAAUGAAUUAAGUUAUUUAUGUCUUCUGUAUGUUUUCUGUAACCUAGUGCGUAUGAAUGAUUUAUCCUAUUAGUUUUAUUAUUUAUAAAUUAUCACACAACCUCGUGUAAAACACCUAGGUCUCUAGGUGACCAAAAGAUAUAGAUUAUUUGUAUAGAGUACUCUUUUAAAAAUUAAAUAAAGAGGUGCUUAUUAA